AUGAAAAGAUUAACUUUUCAAACUAUAGAGUCAGAAGGAUAAUAAGAUGACUUUGGAACAUCACCUAGUAAAUUAGAUAAUUGGAAUAGUCAAUUAACAAAAAAAUCAAGAGUUAGAACUGAAAUAUCCAUAUAAAAUACUUGUAUUGUUAAGAAACAGAAUUAAAUUGGAGAUUUUGAGGAUGAAAUGAAUACUUAAUUAUAAAACAUAAAAGAUGAAAUUAUUUAAAUCAAAUAGAAAUUGUCUAAAUAAAAAACUACAAUGGAGAAUUUAUCAUAUAAAUUAUAAAAAAAGGAGGAUGAAGUAUUAAUACAUUUUAAUUUAGAUAGAAUAAUUGGAAGAAAAAUCAACUAAUUUAGCAAGAGAAAUGAGUUAGAUAGCUCACUAUCUCACUAAUUCUCAAGAAAAUGUAAUUCAAUCAUAAAAAAUUUAAAAGAAAUAUCGAAAUGAAUGUAUACAAAAAAACUAACUAUAAACAUUUGUUGAUUAAUAUAUGAAAGAAUAUAAUGAAUAAUAUACUGAAUUAUGGAAAUUAAUUAAUCAAAAGAAAAGAGAACGUUAUCUAAUCAAAAUAGAAAAUUAAAUUAAUAUCUAAAAGAAGGUAAAUUUAGAAAAAGAUCUUUAAAAAUAUCUCAUAUUAGAAAAAUAAAAAAAAGAUAAUCUAUUAGAUUACCUUUAUAAUUAAUGUAAUAUUUCUAAUUAUGGAGGUGCACCAAUAAUGUAAAUUUAUUAAUUUAUUUAGAGAUAUUAUUCGUAAAGUAAAAUAAUUAAAUUAAGACUUUGAUCCUUCAAAACUACCUAAAGAACUUGAUGGAUUUGAAAGAUAAUAUCUCUUAAAUAAAGUACAUUUUGAAAGAGCUCGUAAACCAACAAUUACAUUAGAUGAAAGCUAUUCAUAAAAACUUAAAAUCAAAAAUAAUUAAAGUCCAAUUAAAUUAGAUUAUUUAAGAAAAGUUAUUGGAUAUGAUGCUUAUUCAUUUAUUCCAAUUUUGAAAGACAAUCCUUUCAAAGAAAUAAAUAAGACAAUAAAGAGAAAAAGACCUUAGAGAGUAAAGUCAUUAGAGUAUUGUCGAUAUGCUAAAAGAGAUUAUUCUAUGGAUUCUGUAUAAUUUAAAUGA